CAUAUACGAAAAACGGUAUCAGUCAGGAAGGAAAACUCACGUUUCCACUCCAAUAUAAAGUACAUUUUUUUGUUAUUAAUAGCAUAAUCUUCAAAUGUUGAAUUGUAAAUCACAUAUUUUUGUUAAAUUCAUAUGUAACAUUUGUACUAUACUUCCUUUUGUAUUGGAUUCACUUCUUUGAUUAAUAUCGAAUUAUCGCUCAUUUUACCCAUGGCAGAUCUAGAAAUGACUAAAGGUCGUAAGGGACAUAUAGAACUGGGUGAUAUCACCCAGCAUAAUGUAAACCAAUUGAAGAGAUUGAAUCAAGUCAUCUUCCCAGUAACCUACAAUAACAACUUUUAUAAAGAUGUGCUUGAAGUCGGCUCAUUGGCCCAGCUAGCCUAUUAUAAUGAUAUUGUGGUCGGCGGAGUCUGCUGUCGCGUAGAUAAAUCUCAGGAUGGUCAAAAAAAGUUAUACAUCAUGACUCUUGGUUGUCUAGCACCUUAUAGAAGAUUAGGUAUCGGAACCGUAAUGGUGGAACAUGUUUUAGGAAUUUGUGAAAAAGAUGGAACAUACAAUAGCGUUUACUUGCACGUUCAAGUAAACAACGAUGAUGCGAUUGAAUUUUAUAAGAAGUUUGAUUUUGAAGUAACAGAGAAAAGAGAAAAUUAUUAUAAAAGAAUUGAACCCCCUGAUGCCUAUGUUCUAGAAAAGAAAUUUCGUACUAAUUAA